AUGCUGGGACUUAAGUGCAAUCACAUGUGUCUACACAUCCUUCUGGUUAGCCUCGUCGGCUUGGCCAGUGCUCAGUUCGUGUUUCCUGGCCGGGUGCAGCGUUCGCUCUAUGGACUGCCGCCACCUGGUCCCUGGAGCAGCAGCGGCUGGAGCAGUGCGCCCAGCUUUGAGCUGCCGCCACGCUCGAACCACAUCACACGGGAUGAGGUGCUCGCUCUGUUGGCUGCCUGGAAGGCGGCCGAUGCGAAGCCGGCACCGAAGCCAGAGCCGGAGCCCGAACCGGAGCCGGAGCCAGAGCCCGAGCCAGAGCCAGAGCCUGAAGCAGAUCCGGAGCCAGAGCCAGCGCCAGCGCCAGCACCUGCACCAGCGCCAGCACCUGGACCCGCACCACCUGCACCACCGGCUGUGCCACUGACCGUCUCGCUGCCCGCCUUCGUGCCCAUCCAGCUGUCCGCCAUGUAUACCGCUCCGGCGCCCAGUGCUGCAAUUGCUCAGGCACGCUUCGGCCGCAUCGGACGUCAACGCACGGCCGUCCGUUCGAAUACGAAUAUUCGUUUCCCCGUGGCCAAUCCACGUAGCUUUGCCUCCGCCAACUAUGUGGCGCCACGUCCACGCUUCUAUCGCACCAUCCUCUCCGAGACCAGCCAGCCCAUGAGCAUCAACACCUUGCCGCCGCCGCCUUUCCUGGCCAAUCCCGUACAGUUCGUGCCCAGCAACUGGCAGUAGAAACGAUAUGUGCGCCACAUAUGUAUACCCCAUACUAUAUAUACGAUACUGUACUAUAUACUACACAUACUUUAAACGAUCACAUGUGUCCAUAUAAGUGUAAAUAGCUCAA